AAUGCGCCGCGCCAUUUUUCAAAUUGCUCACUGAUUUUAAUUUGUUAGAGAUUUUAUUGAUUAAACAAGUAUUUUUUCAAUAGUACUACAUAAUAAAACUAAGUACUGGUUAAAAUGUCUGAUGUUUUCUUGCAAACUUCUUUAUAUGACGAGGAUCUCAAUGAAGACACGAUUCUUGAUCUGUCGUCACAAGGUUUAGUUUCUGUGCCAGAAAUUAAUAACGAAUUCCUAAGUGUCCUCUAUUUGCAAAACAAUAAAUUAAAAACUCUGCCUGAAGACUUUUUCCCCUCCUUACCAAAUUUAAGAUGGCUUGAUUUAAGGGACAACCAACUUACGGAUAUUCCGAAAUCAGUUAAAGAUCAUCUUUCCCUUACUCAUAUAUUACUACAAAACAAUAAACUCACAAUUUUACCUAACGAAUUAGGUACUGUGACAAGUUUAAAAGUGCUUCAAUUGAGCGGAAAUCCGUUAAUGUACCCUCCGAGAGACGUGAUAAAGGCGGGAACGGAGAGUAUUUUGAAGUUUCUGAAUGAAAAAUUCAUAGAGGAAGUGUUUGAAGAAUCUAGGUCCUAUGUAUCGGACAAGGCAAGUACGAGCGAAUGUUUGGAUAAGUUAGGUUUAGUGGCUCGGAGUUACAACUCAGUUAUAGACGGUCCGAGAAUUCCACAAAACAAAACAUUGUCCGUACAGUUUAGUGAGAGAGACUAUGUUGACGACGAUGAAGAAUUGUAUGGUAGAACGAAAGAGAAAUGCCCGAAACUAGCCAAAAGUCGAACUAAAACGUUACCGCCAUAUUGCCAGAGCGCUAAAUAUCUUCGACCAGUUGUGAUUGGCCCUAAGAAAGAGCAAGAUGAGAAAAUAAUGGAAAGCUUACUAACAGAAGCGGCUAAGAAAAAGCAGAAAGAUCUUAUUGCGAAACGGGAUAAAAUUUUACAAGACAGGAGAAACAUCGAGCUCUUGAAAACCUGGCGCAAAAACUAUAGACACCGACAGCUCACUCUUUCGUUAGAGGACAAUAAAUACAAACUCACAGCUAAAAGUUACCCCUAUGACACGAACCCAGAAUACAUGACGCUCCUAACUCGCGAGGACAUUGAAAAAGACCUGCCUGAUAAAUACAGGAAACGAUUGAAUAGAAAACCUAAACCAACUGUACCCAGGAAGAGUAACAAUGAUGUGCAUCUCGCUAUGAAGAUAAAGAAGUUGUUUGAGAAUCUGGAAGCUAUUGACUUGAACAGGGAGACUAUGUCACCAAGGACUGAGCAGAAAGUGCUUUUAGAGGAGAUAGAGAAGAUAUCGGAAAUCAAACAAAAAUUGAUGGAGCUCUCGACUACGAACUCAAGAUCAGUUUCAGCGGAUAAUAAUUAAAAAUUAUCUAUUUAUAAAUCUAUUUUAAAGUCAUUUUACCAACUA